AUGCAAGAGGAGUAAAAACGGGCUUAGGCUCUAAAAGAGAAUUUAGAAUAGAUUAAUUAAUAAUCUGCUGCUAUAAACAGCAACAAACUUUUUAAUGUAGAAGUUAAACAAGUAGGAUAAGCUAUGCUAAAAAGGAAAGCUGAUGGUUAUGUAGAUAAACAAAGGGAGAAAGAGAACACAUAAAUAUAAUAAAAAUAAUAAUCAAAUGAUCUAAAUUUUAAAAGUGGGUCUGGAGUUAAUAAUAAUGAUAAAAGUAAAGCUGAUGACUAUAAAACUAAUUAGAAGGAUUUAAUGCAUAAAGAAAAAUUAAAAGAAUUGAGUAUUAUUUAAUAGAAAUAAGCUAAAAAGUAAGCAAGAGAAUUUAAAGAACUCAAAAUGAUUUCGGGUUUGGCUACAGUUGGAGAAAAAAAAACAGUUUAGGGAGAUGGAAAUUAAGAUAUUUAGAAAAUAGUUGUAAAGAGUGCUUAAGCAAUUGUUUUGAUGUUAAAAGGAGAAACUUUUAAAUAGCUUUUUAGUGAUAUGAUAGAGAGUGAAGAAAAAAUAAAUAGCAUAUCUUUUUUUCUAUCUAUUCCACUUUUCAGCAAUUUCAGAAUGAGGGAAAUCAAUUAAAUACUUUAAAAAACAAAAAUUCAGGUUUAUAAGAAAUCUUAGAUAGUAUUUAACGAGAACGAUAUAGCUGAGAAUCUUUAUAUUGUAAAGAAAGGAGAGUUUGCUGUUUAAAAGGAAAUAUAAAUAAAAAGCCACUAAAUGCCUGAUUUAUACAAUAAAAAGAUUAUUAAACAUAUAGAAAUUUGUUCUCUUACUGAGGGUCAAUAUUUCGGAUUAGAUGAGCUUCUAGAAAAUCACUUGGCCAACAAUCAAAUUUCAAGUAAUCCGAAUUCAAAUAUCAUAAAAAGAGUUAAUUCUGUGAAAUGCCUUUAAGCAGAAAGCGAACUAUUCAUUAUACCUUAUGAUUAAUUUAAAAAGUAUAUAAACUCUGAGACUGUGGUUAUUGAUAACGAUAGCUUAUAAAACUAAGCAAAUAUUAGAAACGAAAUUCUUGCAAAGAAAAAAUUAGAAUAAGAAAAGCAAGAAAUGAGAGUUUUGGCAAUAAAGAAAAAUAUCAAGAAAGAAUAGCAAAAAUAUCAUCAAAUAUAAAACGACGAAAUUAAUAUUUAAUAGAAAGAAAAGAAUUAAACAUACUAUAAGAAAUUAUUACAUGAUAGUUCAUCCGAAAUGUCAAUACCUUUUCUCAAUAAUUAAUCCAUUUCUUUAUAGACUGCUUUAAUGAAAAAAUAGACAAGUUUUUGCAUUCAUUAAAAAGAUGAAAACAGCAAUCAUCCAAAUUAACUAUUUAUUACCAGCGAUGGAUAAAAUUAAAAGCACUCUCAAUAUAUUUUAGACAAAUAAUAAAAUUUAAAUAAUAAAGCUAUUUAAUUAGGAUAAGUAGAUUAAAUAAAAAAUAAUUUUGAGCAAUUUAAUAAAAAUAUUUCUAUUUAUAAUGAUAAUAUGCAAAAAUAUAUCAAAGCUGUUACAGACUUCAGUGACAGAGUAACCAUUGAAUAAUCUGAGAAGAAAAAUCAUUUAAUUAUUAAAAAUUAAAAUGCAAAUGUGCAGCAUUCAAAUUCCUUAACACCAAAAAGAGGAUAAUCCAAAUUAUUAAUCCAUUAAUUAAACUAUUAGUUGACUAAUCCUUAACAGUCUCGUUAUAAAAGAAGCUAUACUUCGAAUUCUAAUCAUAAAGAUAGAGAUCAAACACCUGAACAUAUUUCAGCAAAUGUUCAUGAUGUAAACUCUAUCCAAUAAAUAUCUCCAAAAAAUUAAAUAAUAAAACUUCAAUAAGUAGAAUCAAUAAACGAUGCAAAAAGUAAUAGCCUAAAUGGGGUCAAAAAAGUAAACAGAUUAUUUAAUUACUUAAGCGAAAUAGAGUGUAAAUAAAACCAAAGGCAAUAAACUAAUUCUUAGAUUAUCUGUGAAACUAAGGAAAAACAAAUGCAAAAUAUUGAUAAUCAAUAAAUAGGAAAAUACAAUUAACAAUAAAAAAAGUUAAAUAAUAAAAGUAAAUAAUUACAAGCAAUUAGCUCAUACCAAAAGCUUAAUAGUGAAGAAAACAAUCAAUUUAUUGAAGACUUAGAUGAAAUAGAGUAUGGUUUAAAUAAAAAAGAUAAAACAAUUUAGAUUCUUCACUAAACAAAUAAUAACUUAAAUUAAUAAUACAGUAAAAAUUAUAAUUUAAGAUUAAGCUCUAUAAAUUUAUAGUAACAAUAAGAACAAAAAUAAGUGAAGGAAGGCUUUUAAAAUAAUUAUAGAUUGUUAAAUAAAUCAGAUGGAAGUAUAAAUUAGCAUUUAACAUUUAGAGAUUUAGAAGAAAAAUAUCAAACUUAAUAAGAAAAAAAAGUGAUUUUAUAAAACAAUACUUUUGAUAAAAUUAAUACUUCAAUUUUUAGAGACAAUAAACAAAAAGUAAAAUAGCAAGGAGAAUCUGCAUCUAUAGAAUAACUGCUGGAUGAAAUUAACUAAAAUUAUAGCAAAGUCCCAGUAAAACCUUUUAUUGUUUCUCCGUCAUGUGCAGUAAAAAAUACUAAGAGAAUGAUAAAAAAGAGUAGAAGAGGAAUGUAGAAUGUAUUGGGGUAUAUAAUAGAAUACUAAUUAGAUAACUAAACUUCUAAUUUUUAUUUAGAAUCAAAACAGUUGCCUCAAUCCUCUUAUAAUUACAAGUUAAAUCCUCCAAUUAAAAAAAUGCAAGAUAUUUGA